UAUGCUGACACUUUUCCGUACUCACAUAAGACCAGUUAUCGAGUACUGCUCGUGUGUGUGGCACACUGGGUACCUGGGGGACCUGCGCGCUCUGGAGUCGGUCCAGCGUCGCUGGACCAAGCAUAUCGCUGGCCUGUCGAGUCUGGAUUAUCGGUCCCGGCUCUCAUCGCUGAACUUGUAUUCAACUCAAGGCAGACUGCUAAGGGCUGAUAUGAUUCAGUACUGGAAGGUGUUCCAUGGCAAAUGUGCGGUGUCCCCCGCUGACUUGUUCACUCUACCUCCUCAGUUAGGCAUGCGCGGACAUUGCUUUAAGAUUUUCCAUUCCCGCUCGCAGACUGAUGUCAGGCGUAGGUCAUUCUCGGUGCGCGGUGUGAGACUAUGGAACUCCCUCCCGGAGCACGUCGUAAUGGAACCUAACUACAAAACCUUUAAGGGUUUGCUGGCGGAAGCCCUAGGCGACGCUCUGUAUGACUUUCCCUAACCGCCUUGUUUUGUUCUCCGUCUUGCGAAAUGCACUGUACCAUGGACACAUUUAAAGUUGCAUUGACUUUGUCUUUCUCCUGCAUCAAUUAUGUACAACAUAACUACUCUUGUUUGCAUCUUGAACCAUGCCUGUUUUCGCGCAAACAUAUGUGCAGGCGCUCCACUCCGGUAGUAGCAACUGCUGGUGCGCCUUGUGUCUGCGGGUUCCUACUGUAUCCCUGCCUACUCCUUCCCCUGUCUGCAGACGUGAGAUUGGGAACCCCACCAGGUGAGUGAACCAGGCUCGCGCGCGGCUGCUGUUCCGGAGAGGAUAUGUCGUCCAAAUACAUCCUGCCCAACAACCAGCCGUUCUCGCGGCUCGACUGUGAUGUGGCCUUCGGCGGACUGACGUCCAAGCAGAAGUUAUACGCGCAUCACAUCGCGCAGGCCUCCUGGAAGGGCAGCCUGAUCGUGCUGCUUCAGACGUCUCCGGAGUCUCCACUGGCGUUUGUCCUGCUCCACCGAGUGUUCCGUCAACAGACCUGUGAUGAACUGAAGGCGGUGGCGCUGGAAAAGUGCGGCUUCACCGAGGAUGACUGGAAGGCGUUCCUGGUGUACAGCAGCUCUAUCUACUCCGAUAUGGGCAACUACCGCGACUUCGGCGACACUAAGAAGGUGCCAGGGGUGGCUCAGGAGAAGUUUGCCGCUCUGGUGCGCGCCUCGCGGGCCUACGAGACCGACAGCAAGGCCAUGGAACGACUAUUGGACGGCUGCCUGGCGCGACUCUACACACUGAACGACAGCGUGGCGCAGCUCGGUCUCGGGGACAAGGGAGUAACUACGUACUUCUCCGCCAACUGCACCGAGGAAGACGCCGAGAAGGUCAAACAGUACAUGAAGCACAAAAACCUGGAGCCCUACAACAACCGACUAUUCAAGACGGUCGUCAAUGGUGUUAACCAUUACGAGAUUCGGUUGGCGUCUGUGCUUAGCGACAGUGACCCGGCGCUCACCAGCGGCCCCGAGGAGUUCCAGGGGGCCAAGUUCAGCGUCACGCGCGGCGACUACUCGCCGCUACUCGCCAUGGUCGUGGAGGAACUCAAGGAGGCACGAAAGCACGCGGCCAACCCCGAGGAGGAAGGUAUGCUCUCCGAGUACAUCAAGAGCUUCACCAGUGGCUCUCUGGCGGCGCACAAGGACGGCAGUCGGCACUGGAUCAAAAACAAGGGACCGGCCGUCGAAACCUACAUCGGCUUCAUCGAGACGUACCGCGACCCGACCGGCAUGCGCGCCGAGUGGGAGGGUUUCGCCGCCAUGGUGAACGGUCCGAUGAGCGAGAAGUUCGGCCGGUUGGUGAAUGCCGCCGAGACCAUCCUGCCCCGUCUGCCCUGGCCAGAGACGUACGAGAAGGACCGUUUCCUGAAGCCGGACUUCACCAGUCUGGACGUGCUGGCGUUCGCGGGGAGCGGCGUGCCGGCCGGCAUCAACAUUCCAAACUACGACGAGAUUCGCCAGGAGGAGGGCUUCAAGAACGUCUCGCUGGGGAACGUCAUCAUGGCGGCGUACUCGGCAGCCGUGCUGCCCUUCCUGGGCACAGAGGACGCAGAGCUGAUGCGACAGUACCGCACACAGGCCUUCGAGGUCCAGGUCGGCCUGCACGAGCUGUUUGGCCACGGCAGCGGUAAGCUGUUUCAGAAGGACAAGGAUGGCAAACUCAACUACGACGCGGCUGUGGUGAAACACACUGAGACCAAUGAACCGAUCUCGAGCUGCUACUCGCCGGGCGAGACGUACGACAGUAUGUUUACCGACCUGGGCUCGUCAUACGAGGAGUGUCGCGCAGAGUGUGUCGGACUGUACCUCUCCCUAGAGGAGGAUGUCAUGGACAUCUUUUCGGUGGCCGAGUCGCUGCGGCCCACGCUCGUCUACGUCAACUGGCUCAGCCUGCUCUACAACGGGCUGGCCAAGGCGCUCGAGAUGUACUCCACAGAGACCAAAAAGUUCAUGCAGGCACACAGCAGAGCGCGGUACGUGAUCCUGCGGGUUCUGCUGGAGCACGGCGAGGGCGUCGUUGACAUCAAAGAGGUCAAGGACGCCGACGGCAAGCCCGACCUGCUGAUGACCGUAGACAAGGAGAAGAUCUACACCUCCGGCAAAAAGGCCAUCGGCGACUUCCUGCGCAAACUCCAGGUGUACAAGGCGACGGCGGACGUUCCGGCGGCGCGCGCCAUGUUUGACCACUACUCGGAGGUGCCAGAGAGCGGGCCGCACCCGUUCGCCAACUGGAUACCCAUCAUCCUGGAGAAGAAGCAGCCGCGCCGGUUCCUCGUGCAGGCGCACACAGAGCUCAAAGGGGAGGACGUGGCGCUGCACCAGUACGAGCCGUCAGCCGAGGGUCUGAUCCAGUCGUUUGUGGCGCGCUUCCCGGACCCUGUGAUCGAGGACCGGCUGUUGGAGCUCCACCAGAAGGACGCCGCCCACUUCCCCUGAACGGCCACAUCCUCUCCGACCCGCCGCCGCCGCCCCCGUCCGCUGUGAUGACCGUCCAAUACACGGUCAGUCCAAUCAGA